UAGUAAUCCAUUUCAGAAUUUAUUGCAAAAUUUCGAGAUUAUGCGCUUAAAAUUAAAAGUUAUUGGGGUUACGAUUUAGACAAGCAAAAAGCCAUCCAAAAUUAAUUUCAACAACAAGGAAUUAACGUCAAUAAUCAAAACAAGAAGAACAGCGACCAACGCUGUUAGAUUUGUCAAGGUAAAAUAUAAUAAAAGUAUAUCAAUAUGGCGGACGCCGAGGGUGGGGCAGAGGAGCAAGAUUAUGAGGAGGAGGAUAUGGCGAUGGCCGGCAUGGAUGAGGGUGGCAUGGAAGAGGGGCCAGAGGAUGAUUUAUUCUCUCGCCUGGGUGAAUCGUCCGAUGAUCCAGAGCAGAAACGCAUGUAUAUGGAAUAUCUGGCGCUGAUCAAAGAGAUCGAUUGCCAGAACAAGAUCAUACAGGACAUUAAAGCGGCGGUAAUGGAUAUGUGUGGAAAACCCUGUAAGACCCGCAACGAGCUGAAGGAGAUCAAGCGUCUGCGGAUCUGCAUGGAACAGGAGAACAUUAAACUGCACACAAUGAUGAACCGGGCGGUGCAGCUGCAGAAUUAUGGAUCCCAUCGACACUACCGUGAACUGACCUUGACCACAACCGUGGACGAUGACAAUAUAUCGCCGUAUUGUGUGGGUCCAUGUGGCGCUCCGUUAGCUGGAGGCGGCGGAAGUGGACCGACGAACACAGAUUGCAGCGAGGAGCUUGGCUCCAGUUGUGGGCAAAUGGAAGGCCAGGAGGAUCGUCUCAUUAAAGCUCUCAGCAAGGCCAUGCAAAAGAUGAAGGGCGCCUGUCCCGAGGACAUGAAAAUGAUGCAGGAAAUUGCCUGUGCCAUCAUGGCAUCCAAAUCGAAGCCAAAGCAAGUCUGCAAUCCGGGACCAUGUAUGAAAUCUCCAUCCCCCUGUGAUGAGAGCAGCAGCAGCAUUUGUCCAACUCCACGUUCGCCACCACGAUCCGCGAAGCGAUCACGUCCUUGCCCGUGUCCGCCAGAGCCAUCCUGCCCGCCACCACCCUGUCCACCUUGUGGCAAAAGCGAUUCCCUGGACAAGCUGAAGAAACGCAUCGUGAACAUGCAGAGCUCCGUGAAGAAGCUGCUCAGCGAGGUCAGCAAACGUGAGACACAUGAGGCGCAAUCUUGUGGCGGCGACGAUGAUGAUGAUGAUGACAUGAAUAUGUCGAGACCUCCUUGUCCCGAAGAUCCUGAUCCUUUGGUUAUUUGCGGCGGCAAACGCAACACCAAAGCGGAUAAAUACGAAAAGAUGAAGGAGAACUAUACGCGUCUGCUGACCCAAUAUCAGCGCAAGGAUUGCCAGAUGAAGGAGCUGGAGCAACGCAUGAAGGGUUUUGUGGGUAGCUGCGGGCCAUCCAAAGGCGCUUCGGAUGCGGAUGCUGCGGAAUUGAAUCUAUUGCGGGCGCGUGUCAAUGAACUGAAGGAGGAGCAGCUCGAGUUCAAGUGCAUCAUGAAGGAGCAGUCGCAACAGCUGGAGGACUAUCGCAAUAAAUAUAUGCUCGCCCAGCAGAAGGUCGAGGAGCAGUGUGUGUCCCUCGAGAAGCUGAACAUGAACAACAAACGCAUUGAGCAGCAAAUCAAUACCGAGGUCAAGGAGAUACGCUCCAAAUUCCAGGAGAAGCUCAACGAGCUGCUCCACUUUCCCAAGCUGCUGGAGAAUGAGCAACUGAAGCUGGCGCAGGUGUGCAAGGAGAAGGAUGAUCUGCAGAGCAAACUUGUGGUCGUCUGUAAAGAAUUAAAAUCUUGCAAAAUCCAAUUGGAGAAUCCUGUCGCCGAUUUGAGUCCACAGCUGGCGCAAUGUCAGCUAGAUCUCACCCAGGCCCGCAAUGAGAUCGAAGAGCUGUUGCGCCAACGUGAUCUCUUCUGUGAGCAACUGAAGACCACACAGGAUGAUCUGGACACGCUGCGCACCGAGUCAGCCAAGAUCAUAGCCGGCACCAAGGAGCGCGCCGAGAUGCUCAAGGCCCAGCAGCAGGAACAUAUCAAUCGCCUCGAAAAGGAGCUUGCCCAAUGCCGCGCCACCGCCUCGUUGUCAGUCAAUGAUCGCGAAGCCGUCAUCCGCGAGAUGCAGGGACAACUCAAUACGCUCUCCUACAGCUUCGAUGCGGCCCAGAAGCAAAUCAAAACUCUUCGCAAUCAUAUUGCCUAUGUGUCCAAUGAAAAUUGUUUCCCUGUCAAAUGUUAACAAACCACCCGACCACCCAACAUAUCACCCAUCCACCCACUCACCCAACCAACCAACCCCUCAUAUACCCAUCGCAAGUCCACGUAAUCCCGAAAUUUACUUCGGUUCGAAUACUAUAUACUUAACUAUAAAAUGUAUCCAAGUAUAGGAUUUAUAACUAUUAAAAUUAUUUCAAAUUUUCGGAAAACUAUAAA